CGAACCCAGCAUGGCCGAUCAAGACCCCAAAGCUUUGGCUUCUGCAACCACACCUUCUGUUUCCGUCACAGCUCCCAUUACCCGUGCAGCUCGCAACAAACGCUCUUGGAGCGGAUGCGCGAGAUGCAAGAAACGGAGACAGAAGUGUGAUGAGCAAAGACCUGGUUGUGGGAGAUGUGCAGCCGCUAAUGUUGAUUGUGUUUAUGAGGUUAAGCUUCGAUGGGGUGGGAGAGCGUUUAAUCAGUCUAGGUUUGGAGCGUGUAUUUCCGAUGCUGGUGCGAGCAAGGAUAAGGUCAAGAAACUAGGAAGCGUCGAUAACGGAUUCAUCUAUACCGUCAAUAGCUUUCAGGGGCAGCCUCAGCCGCCGAAGGGGACUGUAACUCCUGCUCCUGUAAUAGAGGCGCCAUCACCGCUCGAGCAAUCAUCAGAAGAUGCGACUUUCCCAGACUUGUUUUUGGAUGUGGACGACUCACUAGCCUUGAUAUCAACUUCAACAGCAGGGGGAUUGAUACUAGACAAUUAUGACAUCGAUUUCUUUCCCUUGUUUGCACCAGUGGACCCAUUCAUCAACCUCGGAACCAUGGAUCGGUCACUCCUCGAUCACUUCAUCAAUGGGACUUCCCAUGUCAUCUCAUGUCACUCCAAAGUCCAGGAAGACGUAUGUCGAGUCAUCGUUCCUGCUGCGCUACAAAGCCCAACUCUUUUCUAUGCCACAACUGCUCUCUCGGCAAUACACCACAAAUCGCGGCUUGGAUUCGGCAGUGAAACAUUAAGAACAGAUCCAUUGAUCUCCCGGCUCUUGAGCAACAGCUUAUUCGGACUCCAGAGUGACCUGCUGGAAAAGGAUGUCAACAAAAGUAGUGUGCUGCUGGCAACCAUCCGAACACUCUUCCUCUGCGAAGUCCACGCCGGCGGUGAUCGCCCCGGAACCUGGCGCGCGCACUUCGAAGGCGCGAAAGCACUCAUGCUCGAUAUCGAGUCUUGGGCUGGGUACUCCUCCAAGCAACGAGACAGCACCAGAUACUUUCUCAAGCGCUGGUACAACAUGACCGAAAGCUUUGUAGCACUCACCACCGAUGGUCUUGCUUCUGGCCAACUCGCCAGGUUCGGCCCUCGUACCCUCGACGGCGAUGAAGAGGAGAAAGUUUAUCUGGACGAAUAUGCAGGCUUUGCUACUGAUCUCACACCAAUCUUUCGCGAAAUUGGCGCGGCGGCUUGGGAACGCAGAAAUCAUGCCCGAGCCACCAUUCUCGAAGAAGGCGAUUUAGAUGAAGAAGCAGCUUCUUUGGCAACCUGCAUCUGGACCCGUCUGGACGAGCAAAAAUCCAAACCUCCGAAGUUUAGACCUGGGGUCGAGGAACAGCUAUCACUACGCCAGAAAGAGGAUUUUUUGUCAUGUAACCAGAUAUGGCAUCACAUGGCGCUGAUAUACAUAUAUCGCCGCAUAUCCUCUCACCCAGCCAAUUCGCCGCUAGUGCAAAGCUCUGUCGAGACUAUUCUUGGUUGUAUAGAGAGUCUUACUGCCACAGCAGGACUCACACCUUUGGUGGUCAUGACGACACCAUUGUUUGCUGCUGGUUGUGAAGCUCAAGGAGAAGAUCGCGAUCGCGUGAGGACUCUACUCAGCAACAUGUUUAAUCUGCUGCAUAUCCCCAAUAUUCACCGUUCGUUGGAAGUGCUGGAGAGCUUUUGGGCGAGCACGGAANAGGGGGAAACGCAGGAUUGGGACAGUUUUAUGCAUGAUCAGCAUUGGGAUUUUUUGCCUUAU